CCACGAGUAUUCCUCAUACCUGCCUCUACUUAACAGCUGGGUAAACAGCAGAUUACGUUAAGCAGAUCACCCGUGUCCUUAACAUUUUCUCCCCCAGUAAUCGCGCAUGACUUUUCUGGAAGUGCAUCAGCUAUGAUUAGGAAUGGUUUCGUAGCACACUUCGCCGGCAAAACGCCAGCAGCGAUGAGAACAACGGUGCUUUAGAGACUGCCUGGGCGAGCGCUCCGUCCCCGCCUCGCAGGACGGUGCUGGGCGGGCCCGAGCCCUCCCCGGGGCCCCUUCACCCGAGGAAGUCCUGCUGCGCCCCGGCCCGAGGGGACAAACCUUCCUGCAGCCACGCCAGCACCCCAACCUGCCGCGUCCCGCCAAGCAAGGCCCGGAGCCGCUCGGCCGCCAUUCCUCCCCCUCCCCUCCCCUCUCCUCUUCCCACCGUCCUGUGCGGCAGCCCGUUCGCGCCCAUCCAUCGCUCGGCCGAUCGGCUGCUCCCCCCUGGCCGCCCGUUGCUAGGCGGGCCCGGCGGCGCGGCCGCGGUUUCCUUACGGCGGGCGGCGGCGGGGGGACGCGGCGGCCCGCUCGUCCCCCCCAUGGAGCGGGAGAAGAGAAGAACCAAAGAAGAUACUUGGAAAUCAGAAGAACUUAGAAAACAUCUUAGGGCAUCACAACCAGGUAGUCAAAAUGAGGACCAAAAGCACAGAGAAAAUAAACUGAAAAGAGAGAUGUCUGUUUAUGACACAGACACUCAUAAACAUGAACGCAAAGACAGAGGGAAGAGCAAGGAAAGAACAAGAGAGAGAGAGAGAUUUAAAUCUGGUGAAAGAGACAGGGAUAAAAUGGGAGAGAGAGAAAGGGGAAAAGAGCACCAGAGCGAAGGAGACCGAGAGAGAUACAAAGACAAGCUUCAAGAGCCAAGUGUGGAGAAGAAAAGAUACAGUGUACCGAAAGAUAGGGAGAGUGAUAGAGAACAAGACAAAAAGCGUAAGAGUCAUGAGAUAAAGCAAAUAGAUACACAAAAUAAUCUGAAAUCAUUUGAAGGAAGAGAUAAAGAACAUCACAGAAGAAGAGAAAGCAAGCAUCAUUUGGAGGAGGAGAAAACAAGAAACGAAGAGCGAGAAAGAAGACAUACAGAAAAGAAGGUUAAUGAUACCAAAAAGAGCAUUGACAGAUUUUUGACUUACAAAGGUGAUGAAGGUGAACAUGUACACAAGUUACAGAAGGAUCAAGAAUUGGAUAAAGAGGGAAAAAGAAGACACAGAGAAAAAAAAGAACAUCCUGUUAGGCCAGGAAAAGAGAAACUUUCAAAAGAAAGAAGUCAUAAACAUUAUGAAAAGGAAGAAAAAUAUAAAUCAGAGAGAUCUAAAGAGGGAUAUUCCCAUGGAGACAGAGAAGGGCAACCAGCAGAAGCUAAUGAAAGAGUAAAAAGUAGAGAAAAGAAGCAUCAUCUAAGGAACAAUGAAUACAAAAAAGAGGAGAGGGUUGAAGAAGAAAUGAGCCACCAGUGUAUAAGUAGGACUGUAAAAGAAAAAGGAAAACUCAUUGAAAAAGAGGAAAGGGAGACAAGACAAGAGGAAAUGAAAGAUACACGCAUCUAUAAUUUGGACAUGGAGUUUGAUAACUUUUCAGCAAAUUAUGAAGAUGAUUUUGAAGAUUAUGAAGAUGAUUUUGAUGAAGAGAAAAGUGGUGAAGAAAAAGAUGCAGAAGAAAACCUAGGAGAGAUUCAGUUUUCCAAAACAUCAGAAAUUGAAGAAAUUCAAAGAGCAAUUAGUGCAGAAAAUGAUAGAAUUUGUACUUCACUGCCAAAGAAUAUUGAAAAUGAAAAAAAGGAACAAGUCAAGGAAAGGCAAUACCCUUCUGUCAGAAACUCUUUUUGUGGAAUAUUCAUGGAUUUUCAAAUGGCAAACCAACGACAAAGUAGUCGAAGUAUGGCUAGUAAGCAGAAAAAACGGAGUUCAGAACUCCUCCCACUGAUUGAUCUGGACUUCUCAGUUAGUUUUUCUUUAUUGGAUUUGCCUCCCGUAAAUGAGUACGACAUGUAUAUCAGGAAUUUUGGUAAAAUGAACACUAAGCAGGCAUAUGUUCAGUGUAACGAGGACAAUCUUGAGAGAGACAUUCAGACUGAGGAAGUUGAGACAUUGGAGAAGUGGACACAGCAUCCAGGAGAAGAUGCCCUUGUAUCUGGAGGUUCCAUAAACAGCCAGGAUAUGUCAGUGAAUGGAGCUCUAACACCUAAAAUUGAUUCACAAAGAUUAGCAAAUUUCCUCCGGUCUGCUUGCCAGGUGAUUGCUGUUUUGCUAGAGGAAGAUCAAGUUGCAACACAACCCAGGUGGAAAGCAAGAUCUCGACAAACCAGUCUGUCUAUUAGUGAUAGCUGUUUCCAGUUAAAUACUAACCAGCAGUUCCUCAAUGACCGAAAAAUAUCCUGCCUAUAUGUCUCUCAAGUUCAGAGGCAGACACUACUUUCAGUUCAUGGAUUACCUGAAAAGGCAGAUGUUGGCUUACUGAACAGAAAGAGCAUCAUAUGUGUUUGGAACAUCUGGCAGCCCUCCAGUCCUCAGAAGGUUUUAAUAUGUGACUCAGAGGUGAUAUGUUGCUGCUUUAGUCCCAAUAAAACAACAUUAGUUUUUGCUGGAACAACAGAUGGUUCAUUGUUGGUGUGGGAUCUUCGAGAAGACUCAAGAAUGCAUCCUCAUAUGAUGAUCAGUGAAACUGACUGGACAUUUAGAGUGCCAACAUUUUCCACUGAUGGCAUUCUAAACUCGGUAAACCACACCUCUCCUAUACUAGCAGUGGAACCUGUCUCAACCUCUCUCUACAGUGAUCAGAAUUAUGGGCUCUCAAGCCUCUCUUAUCAAGAGGAAAUGUCAGGUCCUCCAUUUCAGAUAGCUUCAAUGGAUGAAAAUGGAAUCCUCAGUAUGUGGGUAGUUGUUGAAUUACAAAAAGUGGAUUUAGCUGGUUCACAAACUGAUUUAGGUUUAAUUCCUGGGGGGAAAGUGAAGUUAGUACAUAGCUCUACUAUGGAAUUGAAUAACAGCCUUUUCCCAAAGGAUGUGCGCCAGAGAAUGCCUCAGACACUGACUAUUAAAUUUCUGUCUUCUAAUCCUAAUCAUUUCAUUGUUGGAACAAACAUUGGGCUGGUAGGCCAUGGUACAAGACAUGAUUUAAAAGUUCUUCCAAAGCUAUUCAGACCCCAAGAGAGCAGAGUGAGAUCAAUAAGCAUCAACGCAAUUGAUUUCUCCCCUUUUGGAAAGCCACUUUUUUUGGUUGGCUGUUCAGAUGGAAGUAUUAGAUUACACCAAAUGACAUCAGAGUAUCCCCUCAUGCAGUGGAAUGACAGCACCAAUGGCCAACCAGUUAUUGCCUUGCAGUGGGCUUUAACAAGACCAGCUGUGUUUUUUGUCCUGGAUGCAUCAUCUAAUAUUUAUAUUUGGGAUCUUCUGGAAAAUGAUUUGUUCCCUGUGGCAAAGCAGACUAUUCCGUCAGAGACUGUUGUAACUAUGGCUCUACUGGGAGAACCAGAAAGAACAAAUGGAUUGUUAGGCAUUGCACUGGCCAAAGAAUCUGGACAGAUAGACAUUCAGUGUGUAAAGAAGAAGUGGGCAUUACCUCAGCCUGAGGAAUCUGAAAAACUACAUUUGAUUUUAUUGCAGUCUUUUUAGAAACACUACACCUAUGUGGGUGUACAAAUUAUUGCAAAGUAUUGAAAUUAUUUUUGACUGCAAUUAAAAGAUUUGCAAUGUAAUAUUGUAUGCAACUUGUAUAUAUUUAAAAGUAUCAAUAAAACAUUUCAGCUGAAACAAUUUAUCAUAAAAAUGACAGAAACAAAUUUAGCAUUAAUGUACUCAAAAAGAUGAACUGUAUUUAAUUAUUGAAAAAAAGUUUAGAUGUAUAUAUUUUUUAAAAAUACCGAAAAUAUAUUCCUAUAAAUUACA